AUGCAGCUGCUCCUGCUCACUGCAGGGCUGGGCCUGCUGUCCGUGAUGCAAGCUGAGAGCCCCCCUCUGACCCCUGCUCUUGCUAAUGAGCUUCUUGGGCACUGGUUUAUAAUCGGCUGGGCAGGAAACAUGCCCAUUCCCGCAAAGAAGAAGGCCAGCCCGCUGCCGCCCUUCUGGUUCGCCAGGAACAACCUGAAUAAGCUGGAGUUCAGGAUGAACAUCAAGAAGCCCAUUGGAUGUGUUCAGUUCAAGCUGCCCCUAGAUGAAGUCAGCGGAACCCCUGGACACUACCAGGCCUGGUCAGGACAUUUGGUGAUCAUCAGUUUCCUGCCAAAGAGAAAGAGCCAUGCCAUUGCCUACUACGAGGGCAAGGUGGUGCAGACCAGAUACAAGAUGUCAAUGCUGAUGGCCCUCAAGGAAGCUCAAGGCCCACAGAGCCUACAACUCCUGCUGGAGGGCUUGGAAUACAAUGGGAAGCGUAGGAAAGCCUCCCCUGCAUAUAAUGCCCAUAUGGCCAUGGCCAGCCUUCAGCAGGAUCUGGACGUGAAGAGCGUGCUGCCUCUGAGGACUGGCCCAGGGUCAGAUUUUCAGAUCGGGUCCCCGCAGGGAGAGGCUGAGGCCAGAGAGGGCUACACGGGGCCCUGA